GUUUUAUUUGCUUCCUAACCAACCCUUAUCAUAUAACCUUUAUGACCUAUAAACACUAAACACAUAAUACUACAAAUAUGUCUUGACAUAUAUUAUCUAUUUAAUUCAAACCUCUCUUAAUAAAUAUAUAAUUGGAUUUCUGUUAUUCUAUAAUUAUCAGUAAGGAUGGUAUAUUAUUUUACUACAUUCGAUGAGUUUUCUUUAAAUUCAGUUCUUAAUUUAAGGAAAUUCGGCAUUUUUUAAUAAUUGUAUGUUUAAAAUGAAACAUUCAAUUGUUUAUGAUCUACAAAUUUGUGUCUAAAUUUCUGUUUAUUAGUUUCACGUGCUGAUUUGAAUGGCCGAGCAUCCGGAUGGGACCUUUGAUUUAACUAAUAAUUCCAAAGGUUCUCUAAAUGGUAAAUAUGAUUCAAUACAUCAUUACUGGGUGAGUCAAUUAUAUUCUAAGACCUACUUUAAAGAAAAAUCCCAUGACACAAAAUUUAAAUAUUAUGACUCCAGCAGUAUUUUGAAAUUCUUUUUCUUUCACUGGGUAUCUAAAUGGGCAUAUGUUGUCUCCAAAGAAUUUAUAGAACCAUACAAAUUACACCCUUUGCCCAUUGCGGACCAAAUUCUUCGUUGGCAGCCAAUUUUCUCCAAGAAUCUUAGUGACGGGCUGCUUAGAUUAGAAUCACAUGAAACAGGAUAUAGUAAUGCAGACAAACUUGGCUCUAACAGACAUGUUCUGUUAAGAGCUUUAUUUUUAACAUUUUGGAAAAGGACAUUACUUGGUCUUUUCUGUAUUGUUCUUACUAAUGUUAUGAGCAUGAGUGUUGCUAUUUUGAUUAAACAUCUACUGGAUGUUUUGAACACCAAAUCAUUUACUCUUAUGAAAAUAUUUCUAUUUCUUUCUUCUAUAAUAGGAUUACAGAUUGUUGAUGGGCUUGUUCGAGAGAACAUAAUCUUGUUUAUAUACCGAUUAAUCAUUAUUUGUUAUUAUUCAAUUUCAAUUGGUGUAUUUCAACAUGCCCUAUGUUAUAGACGCAACUUCUUUAAUAAUGUAAACGGAUCUAACUUGUUGAAUACUUGUAACAAUGUUUUACAUAGUUGUUCUACUGAUUCUAAUUGUUCAAAGAACCCAUUAUACUGCCCAGCAAUGAGGUAUCAAAAUAAGGAUAUGUCUCCAAUCAUAUUUACUCUUGUUUAUUUCGAUUCAUUUUACAUUGGAAUGUUUUUGGAAUCUUCAGUACCCAUUGUUAACUUUUUGUCAAACUUUAUCUAUGGAGUAAUAUUAAUUUCCAUGCAGUUUAAGGUUAAUUUAUGGGUACUAUUUUUUGUUGGCAUAUUUUUCACAUUCCUGAUGGUGGUUGUUGAGAUCUUAAACACUUAUUUGUUUCACUUUAUUUCUUUAAUUAAGGAUUAUAGGAUAGGAGAAUGCAUAGAAAUUAUAUCGCAGUUACCUCUAAUCAACAAGUUGCUUUAUGACGAUAUUGCAAUCAACAUCAUUACUCAAACCAGGAACGGUGAACUGUUGUUGAUUUUGGUUAGAUUGUUAUUGACUUUUAUUAACAUUACAUUCUAUACAAUUUGUGCUAAUUUAUCAUUCUAUGUUUUGAUGAGGUACUUUGUAAAAUCAAUCAGAGAUGCAGAGGUUAUUACCGAAGUUGAUACUGCUGCUUUCUUAUCAUCAAUCUACAUAUUUAUGAAAAUACUUGAUUCAAUGUUCCUAAUUCCUUAUUCAUUAAGAAUCAUCACUAUGUCAUAUGUAUCAUACAACAGAGUUAAUAAAUACCUAAACGAAUGUUCACCUAAUUUUUACAUCAGUGAUAACAAGUUUGGUGGAUCAACAGAAAUGUCAUACGAUGUUCCAGAUGUCACUAAUGACCUUUGUGAGGAUGUUCUUGUACUAUAUAAGGAUGCAUGGUUUUCAUGGGUUAACAGUAGAAAAGAUUUCGUUAGUAUGAAUAAUGAAGUUCUUUUGAAAAAUAUCAAUUUCCAGAUUAAGAGGGGUGAAAUUGCCAUCAUUACUGGUAAUCAAGGAUGUGGUAAAUCUAACUUCAUAAAGUCCGUACUUGGUGAGAUGACAUUGAUCAGUGGUUCAAUGGCCGUAAUUCCACUUCACACAUCAAUGCCAAUAUUUUAUGCAUCACAAGAUAUAUGGCUGAAACAAGGCACUAUCAGAUCAAACAUAACCUUUGGAUAUAGGUUUGAUGAGGAAUUAUAUAACUCAGUAAUCAAAGCUGUUGAACUUGAUACUGAUAUAUCAACUUGGGAAAAUGGUGACUUUAGAGUUGUCUCAGAUAAUGCUCACUCACUUAGUUGUGGACAAAGGGUUAGAAUGGAAAUGGCUCGCGCUAUCUAUGCCUACCUUAUAUUCAGCAAGGUGAACAAGGAGUACAACAGAAGUAAGUGCUCAUUCCUAAUGUGUUUGGAUUCUCAGUUUCAUGGGUUAGAUCCAUACGUAUCCAAAACUGUAUUCCACAAUCUGUUCAAUGCUAAGACUGGAUUACUUGUCAAGGACGAUCUUGCGGUUAUAGUUUCAUCAUCAAUGACAUUGUUGGAUAAAUGCGUCAGAACUUCAGACUUGGUUAAGUUUCCCAGAAUUCCCAUAUACGAGAUUGAUAACAAAUAUUUAAUUUUCAAUUGUUACCUGUCAGAUGUUUUUGGAGACAAAAAGCCACCAAAUGGGUUUGAAUAUAUCACACCUCCUUCAGGUCCAUAUAAAUUGAAUUUCUUCACCAAGGAUAUGAUGAAACUAUGUUAUUUCGGUUCUUCUAAAUCAGUAAGACGGUUUGUUACCAAAUCAAAAUAUGAAAGUUCAAUAACUUCAAUUAUUGGUGACGCUUAUUCUGAUGAUAAAUUCAAUCCAUAUCUACUGUAUUUCAAGGCGGCUGGAUUUACAUUAUUUCUUUUUAUUGUCCUAACAAUUGCAUCGAGUGUCAUGGAUAAUGUUAAGUUUGUUUUUGCAACCAAUCUCUCAGAUUAUAUAUCCAAUAAAACUAACGAAUUCAAUGAUGGCAUCUCUAUUGAUUUAUCGGAAAUCAAAUCACACAGCAAAUCUGCCCUAAAUACAAUAGUCAUAAUUGUUAAUAUCAUUAUUAUUUGCUCCUUAGUGUCAACCUUAUUGUUUACAGUGUCAUGUUUAGUUGCCUCAAGAAGAAUUCACGAAUAUUGUCUCAACUCAGUCUUCAAGAACAGCUCAUCAAUAAUCAAGAUUAAGAAACAAAUAAACCAAAUCAUUACAUAUUUUUCAGCUGAUAUUGUCAUUGUUGACGAUUUUUUAGGUGGUUAUAUACUGGUAACAAUUUUAUCAUCUGUUUUAACUAUUGUUUGUAUAUUAUCAUUAUUUUACACAAUUCCCCUUUGUGUUCCAUUUAUUGUUCUAUCUUUGGUCAUUUCAUUUGAGUUGAUUUUACUACAGUACAUCAAAUCUAGUAUCAAUAUCCAAUUUUUAUAUUUAGAAUCAUCAGCAAACAUUAACACGUCUUGUGAAAAUUCUAUAUUGGGACCAUCAAUUUAUCGAAGUUUUAAAAAGGAGUGGGAGUUGGUUAAUGAUAUAAUUGAGCACUCAGAUUACAGAUCUAGAUCAUUUUUUGUAUAUUUUGCAUUAGGAGGAUGGAUUUCUGUACUGUUCAAUUGGAUAUUUUCUAUUACAACCGCUUUAUUCCUAACCGUUCUGAUCAUGUUCGAUAAGCUUACAAACUACAAGAUGAAUGUUGGGUACUUUGGAUUAGGUUUAUCACUGAGUAUGAGCGCUAUAAAAUCAUUCGGCAACUUUUCAAUGUUAUUAACAGCCUUAGAAUUAUCUAUGUGUUCAGUUCGAAGGUUUCAAUCUUUUAUUCCUCCUGGAACCAAGUGUGUGUUUGACAGAUUCCUAAAUGUUCAUGAGGAGGAUGUUGUUAUUGAUUCUACCAAACCUAGUCCCAAAUGGGAUGAAAAGAACCUGCUGAGGAGGAGAACGAUUGAGUUUAAAGACACCAAUCCAAAUAUCUUAAAGAGGCUUGUGUUCAGGCCAAAGUUCAACUUUAUACAUGUUUCCAGAUAUUUCCCAUCUGAUCACACCGGAGUGGUAUUGAAGGACGUCUGUGUUUAUACCAAUUCACUGAUGAAUAAGGAAGGCAUGAUCCUUAACAAUAUUACUUCCACUGCCUCUAGUUCGGAUAUCAUUGGAAUCAUUGGUAGAACUGGUGCUGGUAAGACAACUUUACUAUCUGUCCUCCAAAACACUAUUAGAAAUAGAACAGGUCAUGUCCUGCUAGAUGGCAGAGAUUUACAAGAAAUUCCCAAAAGUGUCAUUAGAAAUAUCAUUGGUGUUCUUCCCCAACUGCCUUUUGUCUUUAAGGGUUGGACCAUUAGAAGGUUCUUAGAUCCAAGGAGACUAUUUACUGAUGAUGAGAUUAAUCAAGCAUUGAAUAACUGUGGACUCCUGGAUUUUGUAAAUAACCUUCAUGGUGGAAGAAAACUAGAUACUGUUAUUAUUCCCAGACCUAUCACUUUAAAAAAGGGGUCUAAUGAUGAAUCUUCCAAAGAAUCUUUUACUCAGGACAGGUCAUUAACUGAAGAUUCUCUUAAAUCAGAUGGUAUUAUGUUAUCUGUAACUCAGCUUAGAACUCUUUGGUUUGCCAAGCUUGUCUUGUGCAGAGAUUUAUACAGAAUGAUAAUAAUUGACGAGCCACCGUCUGAAAUAUUUUAUGAUGAAGAUGGUUCUGAAGUUCAGGAUAUGGGCAUCCCAAUCUACGAACUCUUAGAUAAAUACUUUAAGCAUUGCACAUGUUUUGUGACUGCGCAUUAUGCCAACGUCCUCAAAUCUUGUACAUCAGUAUGGGUGAUGCAUAAUGGCAGACUCAUAAAGACCUGCAGCGCAUCUGAAGUAUCCAAAAACGAAUCAAUAUCAAAUGUAAUCGAAGAAAUGGUUACCAAAUACUCAAACUAAUUUUAAUGCAGUAAUUUAACAAUGCGAAAUUGCGUUGGACCCUUAAUUUUUC